GUCACCCUGAUGGUCAGCUGGUCCCACCAUCACAUGACCUGUCAUAUGAAACUUUUUUCACUCUGACAGCGCAAAUCGACGUCGGGCCGUGCAAAUCGAAAACUUUUUCACACUUUUCGUUUGUAGUUUUUGUUCAUUUUUGUGCGUCCACGAAGCGAGAUCCAGGCAACACAAAAAUGUUGUGGAAAUCGCUGAUUGCGUUGUGCGUCAUUGGAGUCGUCUUGGGCGAGCAAACGCCCGUUUUUCUUUGGGGCGCCAACAGCCUGUCGAAGCCAUCGCUGCGCACUGUGCCACAAGCCGAGUUUGCAGAGCAGCUGGCGACUUUGCUGAAAGAUCACAUGGUUGUGGCCUUCGAGGAAAAUGGCCUAAGCAACAAAGAUUUUAUGUGCUCCAACGCCGAGGCCAAGUCGUGCUACGCCCAGCUCCAGGGUGUUAGCCCAAAGACCUAUUACACCAGCGUCGAGAAUCCCUCCGAGGCACUGCGCUCUGCGGCCACCAAGCGUGAGCACAACACCAUCGAUGCCACCGGCAAACUGGCUAAUCCCGUCAAGUGCGAAGUGGGCUCAGCUGUGUUUGUGACCUUCGACGAUGCUGCCGAAACUCGUGCCGCCACUUUGCAGUCGCACGAUACCGCCAUUGCUGCAAUCAGCAAGAAUCUAGAGUGCAAUGUGGCUUAUCUGUAUUUGGCAGCACCAGCAACUGCACCAACUGUGCAGCGUCGUGUGCGUCGUUGGACUGCCGCCGAGACCACUGGCUACCGCUUCGCCAGCAGCUAUCAGUUUCAAAUCACCUUUACAAGUGUUCUUUAUAACAAUGAGGCACUUACUAUUGCCUCUAUGGCCGUCACCAACUCGACAACACCCAACACCAAGUUUUCCGUUACGCUAUCCACCGCGGCUGGCAAAUCCAUUACCUUCGACCUCAGCUAUAGCAGCGCUGAUGGCUACUAUACCCUGAGCAAUGCUGUAUACGACGGAACUGCACUGUACACUCCUGGCGUCAACGCACCCAGCACGUUCUCAUACACCUGCGGCAAUGCCACCUGGUAUGAUAGCACGACCAACAAGCUGCAGUGGAAUUCGCUGCAACUGCAGGCAGGAUUCAAAAGCGGCGCCGACAUCGUUGCCUUUGGCGAUUCAUGGGAUUGCGUCGGCUUCGUUACGCCCGGCAUUCUGAUGGGUCUGUUUGUGCUUGUCAUUUUACUGGUCAUUGUGUUCCUUGGUCUCUGCUGGAUGAUGGACAUCAAGACAAUGGAUCGCUUUGACGAUCCCAAGGGCAAGACCAUUACGAUCAAUGCCAGUGCUGAUUAAGCAAGUGCAGCAUUACAGAAUUCAUUACUGUUUCAUUUACCGUUUUAUGUUUUCUGCAUCAUGUUUACUGCCACAUUUUGAAAAGUGCGCGUAUAUUCAAUAUUCAUUCCUACCUUCAACUACAUAAUAUGUAAUCGAUAUAAUACUUUAACAAUAUCUAUAACAAAACACAAAAAAAAAGAACGGAAAUUAGCGCUCACAAUCUAUAAAUCAUAUAUGUUGAGUACAAUCCCGUAUAUGUGUAAUUUGCGCCCCCAAAGAUCGAGUUCGAGCGAAGGAUCCGAAUCACGUUCAGCAUCAAAUUCCUACCAUCGAAACACGUGACGACCCUCGCAUCAGACUGAUCUUUGUGGCCGAUAAAUUGUUUUGCUUGCUACGACUUUAAUUGAGCUGCUACUGUGUUUGCUGCUACAUUUUUGCUGAAAGGCAGUAUUUCGUUAUAAGUUAAAAUUCGAAAGAAAAUGCACAAAAAACAUAAACUAAACUUAAAAAAGACGCACAAUGCUUGUGCGUGUGUGUGUGCGUACAGCAUUGUAUUUGUGCAAGUGUGUGUAGAAAAUGCAAUUGUUUAAUUUAAAUUCUAAGUGUUUUUUUCAUAUUGUAGUUAUUGUUUCUCAGUAUGCGAACAUUCAUAAUUUAUGCCCUUGUAUGAUAAUUUAUCAUUUGUAUGUACGCUCUGUACACUCGGUUCGCUCGCUAUCUAUGUGUGUAUGCGAAACUCCAGCGCCCAAAAAUAAAGUUUUUCAAUUGUUUUACAAACAUACAAACAACAAGAAAAAGAACAAC